AUGUCUUAUCUGAUAUUUAUUAUUAUAAUUUUUCUGAAUAUUUUCAUUGGAAAAUAUCAAUCAGCUGUAGGAGAAAAAAAACGAAUAAUAACAAGUCGGUCCGAAGGUUCUCUAUUAGGUCAUUAUCUAUUCUUAGCUGAAACAGCAUAUACAUCAAAUACACCGGGAUUUUUAAUAGUAAAAACAGUCAAUGAACACGAAUGUAAAUGUUUGUGUUCAACAAAUAAACAAUGUCUUUCAAUGACCUAUCGUUUAUCGGAUUUAACAUGUUCAUUAUAUGCAAAUGAUCCAUGUGAUACAAGGAAUUGGCAAACAAAUUCUGAUAUUAAUUUUUAUAUCAAUGUCAAACGUUUAAAAUAUCGUAUAUUUGAAAAACCUGAGCAAAAUCGACCAUUAAAACGUCCAUCCGCUUCAUUAUUAUGUGGAAGUAUGAAUGUAUUUAAUGCCGAACGGCGUUGGCUAUUUGUUGUUAAAAUUAGUGGACGAUCGAAAGCUAAUUUUAAUGGUUUAAAUUUUAAUAAUGCACCAAAUCAAGUUGCACCUAGUCCAUGGGAUACAACCCCGCUUGAAACAAUUUGGAAUAGUAUUCUUAUGCAUCAAUGGAAUUCUCAUCUCUAUUUUCCAAAGUAUUUCGGCUUUGGUCUUAUAUACAAUGGUACCGUACGUGAAUUUGUUUAUUUUCGUUUGCAUAAAACUACGAUCGAAAGUUUCUUUAACAAACAACAUACACCAGUUGCAUUUUGCUGGAAUUUAAAGCCGAGUAAAACUCAUUUACAUCAUACUCUUGAUCAUAAUAAUUUUUUCAAACGAAUAUUUUCCAUCAGUAUCAACGGCAAUAUUUCUCAUACAAUUCCAUGUGAUAAACACGAAUCAUUUAUGUACAUUUCACCUUUAGAUAGAACCGAUAGAUGUUCUACUGAUGAAAAUUCUCAAAAUUCUGUUCGAAUAAUGUUUUCCGAUCAAUGCUAUCCGUUACCUUAUUCAAAAUUAUACCGUGCGGAGGCUUUAAUUGGUUUAAUAUCUGGUGAUACGACAACAGAUACUUAA